AUGGGUUACGGAGCACCAAUCAUGGAUGACGAGAAGUUGGCGCAGACGGUCAAAAACGAGUACGCUGGAAGCGACGACCAAGUCACACUUCUAGACUCGAUAGAGGAGACGCCAACGGGCAAGUUCAUCUGGCUCGUUGCCUUCUGCGCCUCUAUCGCCGGCGCCCUAUUCGGUUACGACACUGGUAUCAUUUCUGCCGUCCUCGUCUAUCUUGGCGACUCGCUCGGCCACGAACUCGCCGCUCACGAGAAGGAAUUGAUCACCUCGCUUUGCUCUGGUGGCGCCUUCGUUGGUGCCAUCAUUGCCGGUCUCACUGCUGAUAAAUAUGGGCGUAAGGCCGCUAUCUACCUUGACUGCGUUUUGUUCACCAUCGGUGCCAUCAUUCAGGGCGCUGCCUACUCUAUGGCUCAGAUGGCUGUUGGCCGCUUCGUCGUCGGCCUAGGCGUUGGAUCCGCUGCCAUGGUUGUCCCCCUAUAUAUCGCCGAGAUCGCCCCCACCAAGUUCCGUGGCCGCAUGAUUGGUCUCAACAACAUGUCCAUCACCGGCGGCCAAGUCAUCUCCUACGGCAUCGGCGCUGGUUUUGCCAACGUCCCGCACGGCUGGCGAUACAUGGUCGGUCUUGGCGGCGUCCCUUCCGUCAUCCUAGCCUGCCUUCUGCCCUUCUGCCCCGAGUCCCCCCGCCAGCUAGUAUUCCACGGCAAGACAGACGAGGCCGCCGUCGUCAUUGGUCGCAUUUAUAAGCACGCCACUCCCGAGCAGGUCAACGACAAGGUGGCCAUUAUUGCCCGCGCCGUCCAGGCUGCGAAGACUCUUACCGAGGGCAAGAGCAUGAUCUUCCUCAUCAAGAAACUACACUCUGUUCCCAGCAACUUCCGCGCCCUCGUCUGCGCCUGCGGCCUUAUGGUUAUCUCCCAGAUGUCCGGUUUCAACACCCUCAUGUACUACAGCUCUACGCUCUUCGCGCUCGUCGGCUUCUCAAACCCUGUGGCCGUCGGUCUCGUCGUCGCAGGCACCAAUUUCGUCAUGACCUGGGCCAACAUGAUGAUGGUUGACCCCUGGGGCCGCCGCCGCGUCCUCGUCUCCACCGUCUGGGGCAUGUCCGCUGGUCUCCUCGCCGUCGCCAUUGCCUUCAGCUUUAUCCCGAUCAACACCGAGACGCUCGAGAUCCGCUCAGCCACCAUCACAGCGCCGGCGAUCGUAGUCCUCAUCUUCAUCAUCUGGUUCGUCUUCUUCUACGGCAUCUCCGUCGGCAACACGGCCUGGAUGAGCACGGAUUUCUUCCCCAUGGAGGUCCGCGCUGCCGGCACCAUGUUCAUGACUUGCAGCUGCUGGGGCUCCAACAUCAUCGUCUCGUCGACGUUUUUGACCAUGAUGAAGUCGCUCACCCCGUCCGGCGCGUUCGGCUUCUAUGCGGCCAUCUGCGGUAUCGGCUGGGUGCUUAUCAUUUUCUUCUAUCCUGAGGUCUCAGGCUUGACGAUCGAGGAGGUCCAGGAGGUGUUCAAGCAUGGCUUUGGUGUCAAGUACACGAGGGACUUGAGGAAGCAGCGGAAGGCGUUGAGGGCGGCAUCGAUCAGCGCAUGA